AGUAUUCUGUUGACUCUACCGGGAUCCGGUCAUCCCCGCAGAGCAUCACUGUACUCCAGUGAGGUGUACAUGUUCCGCCCCUCUCUCUUCUGCACAAACCUGGACGGAUCCAGCGCGCUGCAGUUCAGCGGAGCCUCCAACACACUGACAUCUGACGCGCCGUGACGCACGGUGCGGUUUGGAGCUGUGUCUUUACGCACGGGACCGCCGGUCACACAGGAGUGACCACAGCUGUGCACGCGUGGAUCGGACAGCAUGCUUUGGUCUCCUGUCCUUUCAGAAACUUUUUUAGGAUUAAGGAUCAGACAUGAGCCUCCUCGCUGCAGCGCCAAAGAAACUAUUUAAAAACUUUUGUUGUUUAAAAACUUCCGGAAGAUUUUGAUUGGAAUAUCAUGAAAUUUUUCUGUUUCUAAGGAUUUUCCCCACAACUUUUUGGAGAUCUGAAUUACCCUCUAACAAAUGACUCAGGUGGUUUGUGGCUCCAUCAUUUCUCCCCCUCGCCUCCCUGUUCCGCACCGACCCAGAGGACCAUCCCCCGGCGCACCAGGCUGGACGAGGGCAACCGCACCUUGCCGAGAAUGUGGGCAGGAAGUUCGCCGACGUUCAUCGCUGGGAUUGUAACUCUGCUGAUGGUCAUUGUGGACGUGAACGCCAGCGGGGAGUAUUGCCACGGGUGGCGCGACUCUCAGGGCGCGUGGAAAGAAGGGUUCCAGUGCCCGGAGAAGAUCGACGCGGAGGACGCGAUCAUCUGCUGCGGGAAAUGUGAGCUGCGCUACUGCUGCGCCAGCACGGACGCGCGCCUGGAUCAGGGGACCUGCGACAACGACCGACAGGCGCAGGAGCCCGGGACUGAACCCAAAGAGAACAAAGACUCCCGGGCAGUUCCCAUCUACGUGCCAUUCCUCAUCGUCGGCUCUGUCUUCGUGGCCUUCAUUCUGGUGGGCUCCGUGGUCGCCGUGUGCUGCUGCCGAUGCCUCCGACCCAAGCAGGAACUGUCCUCAACGGGUGCCACAGGGGGCGGGGCCACAGGCGGGCGCCUUUUAGAAACCAUCCCCAUGAUGGCGAACACCUCCAGGGGCUCCUCGUCUCGGCAGUCCAGCACAGCCACGUCCUCCAGCUCGUCGGCGCCGCCCGCUGCGCCCCGCAACGCCCCGCCCCCUCUCAUGAGGGCCCAGGCGUCCUGCUGCCUGCCCCCCGACGCCAGCGUCUUCGUCAACAUGCCCACCAACUUCUCCGUCCUCAACUGCCAGCAGGCCACUCAGAUCAUGUCUCACCAGGGGCAGUUCUUGCACCCGCAGUACAUCGGGUUCGCCCACCCCGUGUCCUCCACCCCGACCUUCUUGGACCCCAGUCAGGGAGGAUACAGGCCCCUCCAGUCUCCAUGUCCCCCUAACACCGGCGGGUCCAUCAUAGUCAGUGAGCAGAAGUCUCCUCCAGUGACAGUGUGAUGACAGACUGUUUUAUACCAAAGGCGAUCGAAGUUCAACCUGAAAAACCCUGGAGUCUCAUGAAGGACUUGAACGCUUUCCAGGUGUUUUCAAAUGACCUUUAAAGGAGCAACGUUUGUUUGGGCUAUAAUGCACAUGCUUUUAUCUGUAUGUGUGUUUAUGGAGAUCUGCAGGUGAUGCCAGAGAAGGACUGAGUGGUUUCUAUCAUGUGGGAUUUAGUUGUUUAUGCUGAAAAUAUGAGGAAAGAAAGCGUGGGAGGACGAGUAACUGUGACGAGGAUUGCAGGUGGUGGUGAAAAAAAAGCAGUUGCAAUCUCCCAGUGGACCAUUUCAAGAAAUAUUGAAGAGAACACGGGACGCAGAGUGUGACGCUCCACCCAACUACACAACCCCCUCCCUCCACUACUGCCGCCACCUUUUGCCACCCAGAAAGAACAUAAAAAAACUGCCAGGAGCGGAAGCACUCACAGACCCCAAAUAGGACAAUAUUCACACAAGGCUGGAGCUUAAUGUUCCUUAAAUGUGUGAAA